UCAAAAAGAAGCAAUACUUAUGUAAUUUCAACGAACGUACCUAUUACUAGCCCAUAGACUAACUAAAGAACAUAAUUGACAUUAAACAAACUGAAGCCGUGUAUCGAGUUCGUGAUUAAUUAAGUGAACAAUGUUUCACAUGUUUUUACAUGUAUAUUUAAUUAAUCACUAAUUAUAAGCCAAUUGAUUUAAUGUCCCAUUCUCAAUUAAAUAUACUACAUACAUAUACAAUUUACCACAAAAACACAACACACCACAUAUUAUUAUGUACAUAUACAAUUUUCGGUUAAAACUUCGAUUCUUCGAUUAAUCGACCUCAGCCCUACCCGCACUCAAAGUCAAGGGAUCAAUCAUUUCGGGGGCGGGGAGAGUCGAUCAGAGUGCGCAGCCGCGACGCUAUCGAGCGGGGCUGGGAACAGAUAGCGCCGCCAUCACACGUACUUAUUCUGCAUACAUUAAUUAGUUCUUGCACCGGCUGACACUCGGGCUCUAUGGACGAAGUGACCGGCGGAGGAGCCUGUCCGUCGACGAGAAUCGCGUUCGUGAGCUUACAGUGAGAGCAUGGAGAGUCGCGCGUGGGUGUGGUGGCUGGGAGUGGCGGCGCUGGCGAGCGCGCGCGAGCUGGACCCGGCCGCCUGCGUGGCGCGCUUCGACGUGCAGCGAGACAAGAUCAUCCGCACCGAGGAGUCCCGCGAGAUGGGCGCCCGCUACCUCUCCGAGCUUGACGUGGGCACGAGAGCGGAAUGCCUGCGACUCUGCUGUGAAACUGAAGCCUGCGACGUCUUCGUCUAUGAGGAAAAGGGUCCCGGCAGCUGCUACUUGUUCAAGUGUGGACCGCCCGAAGACUUCCGCUGCAAGUUCACGGCUCACAGUAACUUCAGUAGCGGAGUGCUGGCGCUGAGUCGCCGCCUGGCCGAGCUGCAGGACCAGGAGCAACGCGCCCACCACGAGCGGGAACUCGCCAACCUCAGUCACAUGUUGGGAACGCGCUACAGGAGCGGGCCGGGCACCGCCGCGAGCACCAGCACGACGCCCGCGCCGCCGCCCCCGCCCCCGCCCCGCACGAACUUACCUCUCCAGUCUCCGGCCCCCACGCCGGGUCGAUGCCGCUGGAACCAGUUCGAGUGUCGUCGCGGCGGGGAGUGCGUCGCGGUGUACAACGCGUGCGACGGCGUGCCGCAGUGCGCCGACGGCAGCGACGAGCCGCCCCAGCUGUCGUGUCCAUCCCCCCCAACCGCCCCCUCCGCCCUCCCCAUCACCACCGUGCCGACCACCACGCGGCACGCACCACCGAUGCAGGACAGCAUGGACCUGAGCGUGGGCAGCGACAGUCUCGUGGACGGAGACCGGUGGCCGCACCGGCUGACGCAGGCUCAGCCGCCACACAGAUACACGGGUACUGAGUCCGGUCCGAGCUCUCAUAUCUUCAGUCACAAGGGCGGGUUGCUUCAGGAGCCGAGCGGCGACGCCCAGUUCCCCGCCUUCGAGCCCCCCUGGCAGCGACGGCCUUGGGGAUCGCAAGCCGGUGUGGGAGGGAUGGAGGAGCGUGGGUGGGGGGCAGGAUACCCGCGGCUCGCGUGGCCCGAGCCCGACCUGCGCCGCGCCUGGCCCGUUCCGCAGCAGCGACAAGACACGGAGAUGCAGAUGUAUAUGCCUGCGAAGACAAUGCCCGAGGUGCCGAUAGUGUACUCUAGUCAGCAACAAACUCUCCGCGACGGACCUAAGAAGGGCCUGGAGCUGCCACCCCCCACCGCCCCGCCACCCUCCCCUGCUCCCGAUCUGAGAGAGGAGAACAAGCCGCCCCUACUUGAGAAUCAUACUAAGAAGAAACCUAUUAAAGAAAUAAUACAGACGGCAGAGUCGAACAAGGCGGUCGCGCGGGAGCCCGGCGGCGCGGCGUCGGCCCGGCGCCACCCCGCGCCCCCGCCCCCGCUCGACGACCACGACGGCCUCAGUGAGCAUCCCCCCGCCGCCGUGCUGCUGCUAGUGCUCGGCGUGUCGCUGACGGGCGCGCUGGCGGGCAUGCUGGCGUGUCGUGCGCGCGCGGCGCGGCGCCGGCUGCGACGCAAGUCCGCGCUGGCGCACGACGCGGACUACCUCGUCAACGGGAUGUACCUGUAGCGGGACCGCAGGCCCGGCUUGUGCUCUGUGCGCGACUCAACUUAAUGUCGACUUAAAGUUUUGUACAAAAAAAAUAAAAAUUUGUUAUUUAACAGUUCAUAAGUUUAACUACAUAGGUGCUGGGAUUAAUAUAAAGUGUGAUUGUACCUCGUACAGUAAUUAUACAUACCGGGGUAAUUACCUGCAUAUGUCAAGAGUCACAUCGUAUUAUAAAAUGAAUUAGAAUACGUGCAUAUUGUACAACGCUAACUACUGAACAAUGUUUAUUUUCAUUAUUCGUUUCUAAAUAAAAUACAAAAAGCUUAA